AUGGAGACAACAAAUCCGCUACGUGCGGUCGUGCUGCUGUCCGCGGUCGUGGUCAUGCUGUCGCUGAGCUCGUGCUGCGCCUCGUCGGCGGGCGGCGGGCAGCUGCUGCACCCGGUGAUACUCAUCCCGGGCUCCGGCGGCAACCAGCUGGAGGCGCGGCUCACGGACGACUACAGGCCGUCGACCCUGACGUGCCGGCUGUGGCCGCCGGUGCGCGGGCGCGGCGGGUGGUUCCGCCUGUGGUUCGACCCGUCCGUCCUGCUCGCGCCCCUCACCCGCUGCUUCGCCGAGCGGAUGAUGCUCUACUACGACCGCGACGCCGACGACUACCGCAACGCGCCCGGCGUCCAGACCAGGGUCUCCGAAUUCGGCUCCACCUCCACCCUCCGCUACCUCGACCCAACCAUCAAGCUCCUGACGGGGUACAUGGACACCCUGGCGAGCACGCUGGAGACGGCCGGGUACGAGGAGGGGCACACCCUCUUCGGCGCGCCGUACGACAACGGAAGAAGAAAGUGGUCAGGAUGCACUGACAUAGUAGCAGUUACGAUUCGUGAUACUUUUUCUCUGGAGCUACAUUAUCUGCUAUUCUUCACUUGCCUAAUUGUGUGCAUGCUGCCCGCGCCCAGGGUGUUCGGCAACACCACGCUCGUCGUCUCGGAGCGGCACAACCGGACCUACUCCGCCAAGAACGUCACGCAGUUCCUGCAGGACAUCGGGUUCGCGGAGGGGGUGGAGCCAUACCGGGCGCGGACGCGGCCGCUCGGCGAGGUCCUGCCGGAGCCUGGCGUGCCGGUCUCGUGCCUGGUGGGCACCGGCGUCGACACGGUGGAGAGCCUCGUGUUCGGGGAGGAGGGGUUCGACGCGGGGCCCGUCAAGGUGGUGUACGGCGACGGCGACGGGACGGUGAACCUGGCCAGCCUCGACGCAGCAACAUCACUCUCGGCUAUAGAAUUGUUUGUUUGA